AUGAAGUCCACAACCAACAGCUCGCAACUUCGAGUUAUCAUAAUCGGCGGUGCCGUCUCCGGCCUCACGCUCGCGCACUGUCUAGAGAAAGCUGGGAUUGACUAUGUUGUUCUGGAGAAGCACCAAGAUAUUACGACGAAUAUCGGUGGCUCCGUUGCCCUUCAGCCAGCAGGAUGCCGUAUCCUAGAUCAACUCGGCAUUCUUGACCAUCUGGGGAAAUGUACGACGGAUAUCCAGUCUAUCAAUGUCGCCCUUCCUGAUGGGUAUACUCGUCGACACCCGAUGUUUGCGCGGAACCUUACUGGGAUCGGAUACCCAUUCACAGCACUCACCCGCCGAAACCUCCUAUACGCCCUCUUUACCUCGCUGGAAGGGCGCUCAAAGGUCAAAACUGGAACAAGAGUUGUCGAUAUCAAUCCCAACACAACCUCCGACGGACGACUUACGGUCACCACCGAGAAGGGAGAGAAAUAUACCGGAGACAUCGUCGUCGGCGCAGACGGAGUCCAUGGCAUCACCCUGCGAGAAAUGUGGCGAUUAGCAGAUUCCCCACUGAUCAAAGACAAGAGCAACUUGACUGUCGACUACACCUGUUGUCUCGGCAUGACCACGCCGACCAAAGGGACGGGGAUGACAGCAACCCUAAAGCCAGGGGAGAUCUAUACCCGCUCCUAUCCGCACGCCUUUUGGACCAUCAUACCCAACGCCGACUCCACCAUCAACUGGUUCGUUAUGAUCAAGAUGGACCAAACGUACGUCCACCCUAACGUGCCGCGAUGGUCGCAGGCCGAAGUCAAGGCGAAGCUAGAAGAACUCGGUGACCACCACUUGUACGGGAACAUUAAAUUUCGCGACCUGUGGCAGAUCACACCCUCUGUUGCAUCGACACCAACCCCGGAGGGGAUCUUAAAGACGUGGGCUGCCGGGCGGAUGGCCGGCGUUGGCGAUACCGUGUUCAAGGUAGCCUCCUACCCCCCUCACAAACCUCCCUCACUAACAACCCAGUUAACGCCCAACUUCGCCCAAGGCGCAAACCUCUGCAUCGAGUCUUCCGCCGCGCUCGCAAACUGCCUGCAGAAACUCAACGCCGCAUACACCGGUACAACGACUAAACCCACCGACGCCGAGAUCCGCCACGCCCUCACCUCCUACAGAGCCACAAUCCACCCGCGGAUCAAAGAAAUCUGCGACUUCUCCUACCGCAUGUCGCGCGUGCACUCGCUCGAGACCCCCCUCCUCGCCCAAUUCAUGAUCCGCUACGUGAUCCGCGUCGUGGCCCGCUUCGCGCACUACACCAAUACAAAGGAGUACGAGAGCGGCAUGGUGCUGGAGUACUUACCCCUGCCAGAACGCGACCAGCUGUUCAAGGCGAAGCGGGCACGCACGCUGGCGACGUGGAAGGCAAAUAUCCGGCUAUCCACUCUCGGGGUUUUGGUGCUGCUACUGACCUUGGCCAGCGUUUUUCUUUUUUCGGGGACGCUUGAGGGUUCUGGACUUUCUGGACUUUCUGUCAAGGGUCCGCUUUUCGUCAGGGCUGGGCUGGGUCGGGUUUCUGUUGUUUAG